AUGCCUAUCUUUCACCGUGAUUCAACUGCUAGCUCCUCGUCUGGGCGUAGGAUUGAUGAUCCAAACCAAUCAAAGACUCAUUCAGGACUAUUUGGGAGUCGGUCAUCUCCCUCUACCCAUUCUUCCAUCUCCUCGGGAUCUGGUUCUUCUUUGAACAAUUCUCGCCGCCAUGGUUUUCUGCACAGGACACAUGAGGAUCCGUCUAUCAUGGCCGCCAGAGAGCAGGUACUUCGCGCAGAGACAGCCGAGCGAGAAGCCGAUAAAGCACUUAUUGCCUCAAGGAAAGCCGUCAAGGAGGCAAGAGACCACGUCAAGCAUCUUGAGAGAGAGGCUGCUGAAGAGGCCCGGUUGGCAAGAAUUAAGCAGGAUCAAGCCAAAUCCAUUUCGAAGAGAGCGAAACCGCUUGGACGUAAGUUUGCUGCCAUUAUUUACCGGGCUUACGAUAAUUCUUUUGCCGCGAAUGCUGAC